CCUCUCCGCCUUUUCCCUCUCUUCUUCCUCCCCCUUCUUCUUCUUCCUUCCCCCCCAUCAAUUGUCACCAUGGCGGGCGUGUUGAAGAAUAUCUUUGGUGGUCAGCCAUCAGAGUCACCCACAGUUGACGAUGGCUUCGCCGACUUCGUAGGGGCUCCCGACCCAUCCCCAGCAUCCAUCAUCCCCGCGGCAUCAUCGGCAGUGCCCUCCUUCGGAGCCGGAGUCGAGAGCUCCGUCCCCUACACCAAAUGGUACCGCGUGUGGGAGCGGACCUCGCCCAAGGACUUCAUGCAGGAAGCAAUGGUCCUCCCAUUCAUCAUCCUAGUCGUCAUCUUCCACGUCUGGGGCACCCGCAAGAACCGCCGGCGCGCGAAGCAGUGGGCGCAGGCCCACACGCCGGCCAUGCAGAGCGAGUUCGCAGUCGUCGGCUUCGACGGCAUCCGGCGGCCCGCUCCGAGCGACAGCGAGGACAACAGCGAGCAGGCUCCCGCGCAGCAGCAGGCGUCGCCCGAGUCGCUGCUGAAGGAGCGCUCGACGCAGGAGUUCGUCGCGUACGGGACGGGCCGCCAGAACGUGGCCUUUGUCGACGUGACGAUCAAGCUGCCGAAGCGCUCUAACCCGGUUACCUACAUCAUGGACCACGUGCUCGGAUUCCUGUUCGAUGGAUGGUCGAUCCCCACGGAGACGUGCGAGGCUGUGGCUUAUACCUUCGACGGCAAGGAGAAGGACCUCGUCCCUGUGCCUGCUAAGGACGCCACCCCGCUCAAGGUUAACAACUCGACUUACGAUCCCUUCAUCUGGGCCGUUGUGCACAAGAACUACAUGAAGCAGUUCCGUCAGGACCGCUACGACGCCUCGAUGACUUUCACCCGUGACCACGCGAAGCUGCCCCCCUGGGUGACUAUCAUGACCGAGAGUGCCGAAAUCACCGACGCCCUGCUCACCCCGGAGCUGAUCUCCGCUGUUGAGAAGGCGGGCGAGAACUUCCAGUAUCUGAUUGUGACGGACCAGCCGAUUGACAAGCCUCAGAAAAUCGACGAAACCAUCCCCCGCAAACGCAUCCAACUCUCCAUGACCCUCCCCUCCAGCAGCACCGGCUACACCGACACCCUCCCCCUCUUCACGCAAUACCUGCGCCUGCCCGACAAACUCGUCUCGUCCGCACACUUCCGCACCGAAGUGACGCGCAAAGUGCGCAACGCGCGCGAGGAAGAGAUCCGGCGUCUGCGCCGCGCGGACGAAGAAGAAAAGGCCGAGGAGCGCCGUCUCGCCGCGGAGAAGGUCAAGAAGGAGGAGCGCGAGCGCAUCCUGAGGGGCCUGUCGGCUGAUGAGCAGAGGAAGUUUUUGGACAGGGAGCGCGAGAAGACGCAGAGGAAGUCGAUGAAGAAGAGUACGCGGAGGCAGUAGUUGGUUUUGUUUGAUUGGGUUGGUUGGGUCUGGUUGGUGGUGGAGGUUUAAUAUCUUGUGUUUCUUUCUGUUUGUUUAUUUAUUUUAAUGGGGUGAUGUAUGGAAGAGGUUCGGACAUGGGAGGAAGGGGAACGGAAAGAAAGGAAAAAGAAGGAAAGGAAGGCUAUGACAGGUGUGUAUGAUGAUUGAUUGAUUUUACCAUUCGUGUAUACUGUAUUGCUACUGUCCUCUGGCGAGGAUCUGUUAAUUACAUCUCAGUUGUUAAUGAAGGAACAGAAGCAGAAGGGGUGACUUCAAAGUAAUG